AUGAUCAUUGCCAUUCCUAUCGUCAUCAUUGAACAAAGUCCAUGUCUAUUUGUGUACAAUCAUGUAAAAAUAUCAACAAUCAAUAUCGUAACCUGUACAAUUCUUAAUGAAUCUUUUAUUCGAUUUAAUACUUCCUUUGAUUAUCUCAUUGUUGGCAAUUUUUUUCCCUAUUCAAUAGCAUUUACAUUCGGAUUAAUGGCUUAUCGUAAUAUGCAAGAGUUAUCCUAUCGAACCGCACCCUUAGUUCGACCCGAAUUAGAUAAACAAUUACCAGUUAUGGUUCUUAUUCAAGUUAUUUGUACAGUUUUCUCAAUAUUUCCAAGUUUAGUUGCCUAUUUGAUUCUUGUGUAUGGAAGUAUUCAAGAUUUAGUCAUUGUUGCAAGAUUACGUAUUGCUUAUGUUGUCAUGACAUGUUUUUAUUAUAGUUAUUUUGCUGUAAGCGUCUAA